AUGUCUCGCGAGACAACCACGAACGAGGGGGAAGAUCCAGCAAGAGAUUUCAACUUUAGAGGAAAUUUAGACAGAUCGCGUAGGAUGGCGGAGGCAAAUCGGCAACGGUACAGCAUCUACAGCGGACCUAUGAGCGGUGCGCAGGUCCCAGCGGGCUACAUCGGACACCUUGCGGGCAUCAGCCUUAUCCCGACCGUAGACGCCCCCACGCGCCUAAAUCCAAGCUCUGGAUUGCAUAUACGUCUUGAAGACGGAGCAGUCGGAGUCAUCGAUGGCUUCCCUCGGAGAGGAAGGGGCGAGCCGCCUGAGUCAGCCCCAGCUGUAGCAUACAACGUUCCAGGGUUCCUCAGUGUGCGAGAGAUGAGAGAAGCAAUGCGACGGGCCGCGUACCAAGGCGAUUCAGACGAUAGCGAGAGUGAAGAAGCAAGUGAAGUAGCGACUGCUGGAGAGACAAAGGACUUCUCCUAUACCUCGCGUCCUAGCGUUGCACCCAGGAAGCUUCAGGCCACACGAGCCCCAACGUCUGCGGACCGCCCGGUUGUUGCUGGUGGUGCAGGUGUUGCAGCCGGUCGUACCGGACGUAGGGCCGCGAGAACGAGUAUCGACUUGGGCAUCAACGAGGGUCUCGGCAACGAGGGGCGCUCCAGAAGGGUCACUCCGUUGGUUUGGGGUGAGAUCCCUGCUCCUACGCGAACGAGGGACCAUCCCGAAGGCGUGCCAACACCUGCUGGUCCGGUGCCAGGCGGGAGACAAGAACCAGGAGGCGCGGUGGGCAAUGCAAAGGCAGAGGGAUCCUCCCGUAUUCCUCACCCAAUGGUUACCCCGAGACCCUAUGCUAGCGGCACUCCCAGCCGUAUGCUUCCGGAGCAAGGCCGCCUGCCUGUCGCGGGUACUGCGAAUUCUGCAGCGCAGCGUGCGGGAGACCAGCUUACAGGCAUAAGCAACGUCAUCCAGGCGCGGGGCAGACACGGUACACAGGUAGAGCAGGCAGGUCCCAGGACUGUGGGGAUGACAAACGUCACCAGCAAUGACAAGCGCGUCAGAGAAGAAACCGAACAGCCUUCUCCAUGCAAUGUCCGCAGCCCAUCUUCUGCUCCUUACCAGGAAGGCCUCGAGAAGUUUCCUACAGAGCAACAGUAUUGCAUACAGGUUUCCGGGGAUCGCAGCCCUAGCUCCCUCACAUCGAAGAGAAACCGGGAGGAUGAGAACUAUGAGGGACCAUACAACCCCACUUAUCGCUUCGAGGACAAGCCUCCGGUGCCAGAGCCGCAAACAGGACCGAGAAAGAGACAUCGAUCCGAUAAAGCGCAGAUGUCUUCCAAUGAAUCAAUCCAAUUAACCAACCCUCUCGAGAGAUCCACGGCAGCUCCAGGCGCGACCAGGACUGGUGCAAGUACGAUCGAGUUUGUGCAGUCAGAGGAAGUUCCGUUCGAUCUGACUGUGGACUAUCCCUUCCAGACCAUCCCUUGGCCUGACAUUUAUCGGCCAUGGGGUGAAUGGCCUCCGAGAGAGACAUCGGAGCCGUCCGACUUCACUUUUGAGUUUGACUACGACAACUGCACCAGAUUAGAACCCGCCUGGGAUUCCGAUGACGCGUAA